UCUCUCUCAAAUAAAUAAAUAAAGUCUUUAAAAAAAAAAAAAAAGUGUAAUGUAAAGUCCCAUCCCAGUUCCACUCCCUAAAGAUAGCCACUGUUAGCAGUUUCUCCUGUAUCCUUCCAGAAGUUGCCUGUAGCUGCACUAGCAUAUGCGUCUGUUCUCAGAUGCAUCUUAUUUGUAAUGAUGAGGACUAUGACACACUUACUAUUUGAUAACUUGCUCUUUUUUCCACCAGAAUUCCUGUUUGGGACAUCCUUAUAUAUCAAUAUUAGAGAUUCACUUCAUGGGUCUCGAUGAUUGCUGGAAAAUCUGCUUUUGUUUAAAAGUACCAUAAUUUGUACAUUCUCCUGUUAAAGGACUCUCAUUGUGACCAGUUUUUUGCAAAUAGUAUUGUAAUGGACAUCCUCGUACCUUUUCUCUACUUCUGUCAGCAUGUCCUUUGAGUAAAUUCCUAGAAAUCAUGCCCGAGAGUUUAAAUGUCAAUAGCUAUUGCCAAAUUUGCCUUUCAAAGAGGUUGUGUCAUUUUGCUCUCCCACAGGGUAUGAUAGAUCCUGUUAAUUCCAUGCUCUUGUGCACAAUGGAUGCUAUAAACCGUCUUAAUCUUUGCCAAACCGAUUGGUGGAAAUGGUUUCACAUUUGUAUUUGUGUGCUUCUUUAUUAUUCCUGAGUUAGUUUGAUCCUCUUUGCUUGUACAGAAGCUGUUUCUUUUUAAGAAAUGUGGACAUUUCCAAACAUCCUGCAUUUGUAGCUAGUCGUUAAGUAUGAGGCUAUGAGGCGGCUGAGACUAGUGAAUAGAAAAAAACUUGAGCUUGGAAAUAGGAGACCUGAGUUUCGUUUCAGAUCUGCUACUUUCUAACUAAGAAGUUUCUGAUAAAUCUGGCAGGAUUCUUCAAGUGGUGAGCUAGAGAUUAAGUAAUCUGUAAAGAUUACUCAACAGGAACGUCUCUAGUAAUGCCGGCAUGUAGUUCAUGCUUAGUAACAAUUAUGGUUAACAUUUAUUGAGCGCAUGCUAUGCGCUAAAUUCUGAAGCAUUUUACACGUACUGGUACGUUUAAUAAUCACAAAACAAUCCAGGAAUUUUUUGAACUACAGUUGUCACCACGUUACAGAAGAGAAAACUGAGGCACAGAGGGAGGUGAGAUUAUUUGCUCAUGGUCACACAGCCCGCAGUCUUCAUUCCAGAGCCUGCACUGCAGUUCCUUAGCAGGAGAAACAGGCUAGAGCUGCCCUGUCCAGUAGGGUAGCCUCUAGGCACCUGUGGCUAUUAAGCCCUUGAAAUGUGGCUAGUCUGAACAGAGAUGCAGUGUAAGUGUAAAUUACACAUCUGAUUUUAAAGAUUCAAUGUAGAAAAAUAGAAUGUAAAGUGUCUCAUUAACUUUUUUGAUACUGAUUACAUUUUGAAAUGAUAAUAUUUUAGAUAAAUAUUUUUUAAAUUUCACCCUUAAAAAAUGUUGUCAUGUGUUUACUAGAUUUUUAUUUCCAUUGGACCAUGCUGUUCUAGAGGAAACCAUUGGACUUGUCGCUUUAAAUAUUUAGCACACAGCCCACAGAUGUGUACAAGCCUUCCGUACACCAGGCAUUGUAUUGGGUGAGAGUCCAGGGGAACACAAAGCAGAAUCAGGCGUUGCCCAUGACGAGCCCACAGACCGGCAGGCAGGGUGGGUGGGCAUGCUUUUGACUUGGUUGAAGCUGAGUUGACCAGUCUGUAUCUGCUGUUGAUUUUUGCUUCGGCUAGGUGUCUGCCUGCAUCCCAGUGCUCAAGCUGGCCAGACGGCCCAAGAAGAUCCUGUUUUAUUGUCACUUCCCAGAUCUGCUGCUCACCAGGAGAGAUUCUUUUCUGAAACGCUUAUACAGGGCCCCGAUGGACUGGAUAGAGGAAUACACUACAGGCAUGGCGGACUGCAUCUUAGUCAACAGCCGGUUUACAGCUGCCGUUUUUAAGGAAACAUUCAAGUCCCUGUCUCACAUAGACCCCGAUGUCCUCUACCCAUCUCUGAAUGUCACCAGCUUUGACUCUGCUGUUCCUGAAAACCUCGAUGACCUCGUCCCCAAGGGGAAGAAAUUCCUGUUCCUCUCCAUCAACAGAUACGAAAGGAAGAAAAACCUGACUUUGGCACUGGACGCCCUAGGAAAACUGCGUGGAAGGUUGACAUCCCAGGAUUGGGACAAGGUUCAUCUAAUCAUGGCAGGUGGUUAUGAUGAAAGAGUCCUGGAGAAUGUGGAACACUAUCAGGAAUUGAAGGAAAUGGUCCAGCAGUCCGACCUUGGACAGUGUGUGACCUUCCUGCGCUCUUUCUCAGACACACAGAAAAUCGCACUCCUCCAAGGCUGUACCUGUGUGCUUUACACACCGAGCAAUGAACACUUUGGCAUCGUCCCUUUGGAGGCCAUGUACAUGCAGUGCCCGGUCAUUGCCGUGAAUUCGGGUGGGCCCUUGGAGUCCGUCGUCAACGGCGUCACAGGGUUUCUGUGUGAGCCUGACCCAGUGCACUUCUCAGAAGCGAUGGAAAAGUUCAUCCACGAACCUUCCUUAAAAGCCACAAUGGGACUGGCUGGGAGAGCCAGGGUGAAGGAAAAGUUUUCCUCUGCAGCUUUUACAGAACAGCUCUACCAGUGUGUCACCAAACUGCUGGUAUAAUCCUACUUUUUAAAGGCCUGUAUGCUGUAUUCAUUAGUAUCAUUUUUUGUAGAUUGUAGCCUCACUUUUGAAACCGAGAAAGAAACCUAGAGUCCAUUACAGAAGCGAUUAAAAGAAAAAUAAACUUGAAUCUUUUUUUUUUUUUAAA